AACCUGACCUUGACUAAUGCAGAAAGCCUUUCAUAUUAGCGGGGAAUUGUUGGGUGAAUUUGUAUGCAUGAGGAGCAUGCAUGUGUUAUGCACUUCACAUCAGCACGCAACAUCUUAAGUCCAUGUGCAAGUUGAGCAACAUGAGUGUAACUCGGCUAAGGAAAAACUUGGGAUUCGCAUGCAUUAUUGAUUUAAAUAAAUCACGGUUUUACCGUCCUUUGGCUCUGUUUACACUUGCCAUUGUCAGUACUGAUACGAAUAGCCUCUUCAUAGUCACACUGUGCAUUGUAGGUUUUGAAUGGAGUGUAAACCGUAUUUGAUCUGCUAAGUAACUCAGUUUAGUUAGACCUACACAUUUAAUCAUGCUUGUAUAAUUAUUACAAGAAGAGGACUUCGUUCUUGACCGGUUUCACUUCUAAUCUCAUGCUCAAAGGCAUGCCCAGAUGCGAUGGAUCAGCUGGAGCAGCGGGUUAAUGAGUUCUUUACGAACGCCAAGAAGAACAAGCCUGAAUGGAGGGAGGAACAGAUGGAAAUUAUUAAAAAGGAUUACUAUAAAGCUUUGGAAGAUGCAGAUGAAAAGGUCCAAUUAGCCAAUCAAAUUUAUGAUCUGGUUGAUAGACACUUGCGGAAGUUGGAUCAGGAGUUGGCGAAGUUCAAAAUGGAGUUGGAGGCAGAUAACGCUGGCAUCACAGAAGUCCUGGAGAGACGUUCACUGGAGAUGGACAGCCCCUCCACACCUGUCAAUAACCACCACGUACAUUCACACGCCACUGUGGAGAAGAGGAAGUACAGCACGCCAGCCCACCACACUACUGAACACGUACCAGAAAAGAAGUUCAAGUCAGAGGCGCUUCUCUCCACACUCACGUCAGACGCCUCUAAAGAAAACACACCGGGCUGCAGAGUGAACAGCACGUCCUCUUCUAACAGCGUGUAUAACGUCAACUCCUCCCAAACGCUUUCCUCAUACAACUUGAGCCCGCUUCCUGCCGGGCCCACUGUAGGGGCGGGGGCCAUUUCCAUGGCAGCAGCUCAGGCAGUGCAAGCCACCGCACAGAUGAAAGAGGGCAGGAGAACCUCCAGUCUCAAGGCCAGCUAUGAAGCUGUGAAGAACAAUGAUUUCCUGGGACGGGAGUUUGCUCUGAGCCGGGACACCAGCAGUUAUUCGUCUUCUGCACUGGCUAACACACUCACACAGCCCCUCACGUCCAACAACAGCGCAGACUCUCGCACAGGACGCAAGACCAAAGGCAACACUAAGUCUUCCAACCACCAGUCCUCUUCAUCUUCCUCUUCCUCCUCACUGUCGUCCUGCUCGUCAUCGUCUGCAUUGGCUCAUGAGCUGGUACAGACCACCAUCACAGAAACGGACACCAGCAGUCAGGUGGACUGGACCUACGACCCAAACGAACCCAGAUACUGCAUCUGCAACCAGGUGUCAUACGGAGAGAUGGUCGGCUGCGAUAACCAAGACUGUCCGAUCGAGUGGUUCCACUACGGCUGCGUAGGUUUGACCGAGGCGCCCAAAGGGAAGUGGUACUGCCCACAGUGUACGGCGGCCAUGAAGAGGAGGGGAAGCCGGCACAAAUAAAUGCUGGAUCACCUGGGCCAACCUCUCUGAAAUGACUGUCCCCCUCGACUGAGAGUGUACAUGUUACAUCCCCAUGCGAUCAGGGUGUGUAGAUGCGAGAAAGAGAUGUUGAUGCCUGAAAGAUGGUGUGGCUGCUGUGUGUGUGUUUGUGUAAAUCACAACCAGGCUGUGUGUUUUUAGAUGAUGAAUCUAAGCGCACACUGCCCUCAAAACGUUUCCUGUUUUUAUUUUUUUCUCUUCGCCUCCAUUUAAUCUUUAUGGAGGCGGAUGGGCAAGAUGGUAUUAAGAGGCCCAUGUUUUUUAACAUUCAAGACAUUCCUCAGCUUGCCAUGCGUGAUGAUCUUUCGCAUCUGGCAGCUCCUGCUAAUCCAUAUCUACAUAGUAUGGAUUGACAUGAUGCUGUCUGGGAAUUGUAGUCCUGAACUGCUUUAUGGACUACAAGUCUCAGGACAUUCAGCUCUGACUAAUCUUAAAUGAAACUGAUAUGAAUGGAUAUACAACGGCAACAGUGAUGCCCCGUUGCCCGCCAGUGAAAAUGAUGAUUCUGUUGGAUUAUUUGUGUGUAAUGGAUAGAUGAUGAGUUGUGCUCCGCUUAAAGGACAGAAUGUUUCUUAUUUUACAGAGGAGCUCUUAAGGUGUACAAUAGAACAAAUGAACAACUGUGACCUGUGUGUAUGUUUGUGUGUCUGUGUCUAGCCUAUACUGCACUGAUGUGGUGAUAUGUUUUGCAAGAUGUGGGGAAAAAACUAAAACAAUAAAAUUAUCAAGAACUUUUGGUA